CAGCUCUCGUCCUCCACGACGGACGUCUGCUCUUCGAAUCGGCAAACUUCAUCGGAGACUCUGCUUAAAACACUCGACUAAAUAAAUUCAUCAAUUCUUUUCCACAGAAGAAAAAAAAGGAAAGAAGAAACUCUGCCGGAAAUGCAGAGCCAAGAGGACAUUCGUAAUUUACCUAUCGAUAUCGCAUUCGCUCGUCUGGGAGAAUGGUUGGUGGAUCGGAGGAGAAUUCCGGCGGACUGGCGGAAGCGAUUGGCGGCAGUGAGAGCCAAGAUAUCGGCAGCGUUUGCCUCGCUUCCCAAAGACCUUGAUCCUUACUUCCAAACCCUGGACCCUGAAGGCAUUAGGUACUUAGAAGCCAAAGAAAUAUAUGAGAUUCUCCUCAAGUCAACUCCAGAAAGCCGUAAUAUAUUUGGAAGGCUUUCAGGUGCUGCUGGUGCUUGGGAGGCAAUUGUGCGUGCUUUUGAGAAGGAUUCAAUUUUCCUGGGAGAGGCUGCUCAGAUAAUGGUCCAAAAUGUUAAUUAUGAAAUACCUUAUCAGAAGAAGCAGGUACAGAAGAUUCAGCAGCAACUUGUUGAACUGGAGCGGAAGGAAUCUGAGAUAAAAAGAAAUGCAGCCCUUUCAGCAACUAAAUAUGCAGAGGCUUGUCAGGAUCUGGGAUUGCAGGGAGUAAAUGUGAGGUCAGAGCUGUUAGAAACUGCAAGUAAAACUCUUCCAAGCACAUUUAGCAGGAUACUAGAAGUAUUGAAUGGUGAUUCUGUGUCACUGGCUAUUGAAUUCUAUUCAGCCUUUGUCAGAGAUGCUCAUUCUGAACAGGAGAAAACUGUGGGGACUGUGUUGCCAAAUUUAAGAGAAGUCCGUGAAAAGCCACCUUCUAUUACAAUUUCUGUUUGCUCUGAAGCUGUUGAUUCUGCUGUUGCUCAACCCAGCCAGAGCGAACCAAACAAAAUAGCUGGGGAGACAGACUUUGCAGCCGACAGUAUUGAUUGGGAUAUUACAUUGGACAGCUCCCAGAUUGACUGGGAUAUUGGUACCAUAGAAGAGACAGAAGAAAAUGGCAAUGGACUUGGUCCUUAUGAAAUUGUUAAUGCUAGUGAUUUACCAAAUUCUGCUGAUAGUGAAGGUAUUGAGUUGGAUGAGACGGGACUGAUGAAGGAGGAGUUUCCAGCACCUGAGGUUGCUACAUCAGAGAUCUCCUGGGAUAUAAGUGUUGAAAAUCCUGAAUUCAAUGUAACUGAGGAAGCUGGUUCUUCUGGUUUGCAUUCGGAGCCUUCCUUGUUCACGCCAAACACUUCAUCAGAAGUCCAAGGCAGUGCAAAAGAGAGAAGUCCCCUUCUGGAGACUGAUUAUAGGAAUAAGAUUCUUGAUGAUCUGUUUGAGGUUAAAGCAUUUCUGAAUCAACGCUUGAGUGAAUUAACAAAUGAAGAAACUCUGUCAUUGCAACAUCAAGUCCAGGCAGUUGCUCCUUUUGUCCUGCAGCAGUACUCUUCUGAUUCAAUCCAGCCAAUGGUUUCUGACGUUUCAUUGGUUAUAUCAUUGCUAACAAAUAGGAAAACGAGGGACCUUAUUAUGAUUCUCAACUCAAAAAGAUUUUUGGAUAGACUGGUGAAGACCUUGGAAGACAAAAAGCACCACGAGAUCAAGUUAAAGGAGGGAUUGAAGGAUUUGGCUAUUAGGCGGAUGGAGCUUCAAAAUUUAUUAUCUUCUUCAUGGCCAAAACAAGAAUUGGCGUUAGCAAAGACCCGAGAGUUAAAGAAACUUUGUGAAUCUACACUUUCGUCAAUGUUCGAUGAAAGACCGGUUAAUAUAAUUGGAGAGAUAAAUACGUUGCUGAGUAGUAGUAUUUUCAGUGCGUAGAUGCUUGUGAAACUUCUCUCUUUCUUCCCUGUCCAUUUUUGACUAGGAAAUGGACGAACGUGGAAAUCAGAACUGAUCGUUGUAAAAACUAUUUAGCAAAUAUAUUUGAUUGAAGUUAUAACAUGGCUAGAGAUUUAUUU